UUGAAACGUUGGAGACGAAGACCACGUGACCAAUAUUGACGGAAGUGUCCCCUCGUUACCUUCAUUUCUGUCGUAUCGUGUCACGUAAACAUUGCUCAUUUUCAAUUAAAAAUCUAUCGGUAUCCCUCCGAUCAAGCAGCCUGCUUAUCUCUCACGUUGUUAGCUUCAAAGGAAGCUAUGCUAACAUGUUAGCUAGCACCAACAGCUGACGUUAGAUUGCUAGCUUGAAACCUCAGAGCCAACCACAGCCCUUCCUUUCAGGUGUCCCCGUCGUGAGUAAAGGUCGGGGGAAGCAUUUAACGUUACAGACACGGUUAAAUAAUCGUUGUCGCGCUUUUGGAUUAAAUAAUCUCGCGGCCGUCUGUGGAGACGUUGACGGAAGCUAACCGCUAGCUUGCUAGCAGCAUGGGAGCCGAGCAGAGCGGAGACGCGGAGCACAAACACUCCGAUUACAGCUCAUCGGUGGUUCCCUCUCCAGCGAAGCAGAAAGCAAAGAUGGACGACAUUGUGGUUGUGGCUCAGGGGACCCAAUCAAUGCGAAAUAUCCACAACGACCCAGAUGUCAUCAAGCUUCAGGAGAUCCCCACCUUCCAGCCGCUUUUAAAAGGAGUGCUGAGUGGCCAGACGUCACCCAGCAGUGUUUGCCUGGAAAGGCUGGACGCUGCUCAGGUUCUGCAGCUCUGCAUCCGCUACCAGGAUCACCUCCACCAGUGUGCCGAGGCCGUGGCCUUCGACCAGAAUGCCCUGGUGAAGAGGAUCAAAGAGAUGGACUUGUCGGUGGAAACCUUGUUCAGCAUAAUGCAGGAGCGCCAGAAACGCUACGCCAAGUACGCCGAGCAGAUCCAGAAGGUCAACGAGAUGUCCAUGAUCCUGAGACGCAUCCAGAUGGGCAUCGACCAGACGGUGCCGCUAAUGGAGCGCCUCAACAACAUGCUGCCCGAGAGCGAGCGCCUGGAGCCCUUCAGCAUGCGGCCCGAUGGGGAUUCCGCCGCCAAGUAGCCGCAGUGUAGCCAGCCGGGAGGCGGUGCAGCUCUUUUUGAAAACUUUCUUUUUUGUGUGCAGAGUAGAGGUGCAGAUACGGUGGAAGAGGGGGGGGGGGGGCUGUCCCAAUUUUCCAACUCAUUUUUUUGACUUGGUUUUUGCUGACCACACGUGUUCUUUGUCAGCCACAUCAUACAUAUUACAGCGUAUUUGCUCAUCGCACAUAGACGCACACAACCCUCUGCUACGUGAAGUGCUGCAAUCAAAUGUGCCCCAACAGCAGAGUGCGAUCCUGCUGAGACUCAAAUAUGUGUGCGAGUGACUCAAAGGUACAACAGAUGUUUUUCGUGACUCUUUGGAGACACGUCGGAGCCGCUGUCCUUUCAGGAUCUUGCGCUCACUUUGAAAAAUAUUUGUCUCUUGUGGUCCAGAGACUCUUUUUUUUUUUUUGUCUCGCUUAAGAGGGCAUCUCUUCCACGGACUUGCCAACGGGCGGAUUGUUUCUUCUUUACUGAACAAUAUAGUUGCAUCAUAUUUGGAAUAUAUUAUUAUUGUUCUAUUGGCCGAGACUCGCAGGGAGAACCACGGCGGAUUAUUUCCCAUGUGAUCACACAAGAAGUACCGUACGACGGAAAUCAAAUGACGGGCCUGACUUUUCAAUGUUCCUAUGAACUUCCCCUUCGUGAUGAGAGAACUGGACUCCUCUCAUUUAUUUGGAUACUUUGGCAGUUUGCAUGCAAGAACAACGUGAACCGAAGGAGAUGGAUGUCCGAUAUCCUCACAGUGCAGUUUUAGCAUUAACGGUGUACAGCCAUCGAACGACAUCCUCAAUUUUCUUGAAUAAUAAACGGCGCAG